CUAAUUUUCAGUUCCAUCAAAUUGGAGGAGUUUUUCAGACCAAUACCACACGCGCCUCACGCGCCCGCUCAAACGCAGGUUGGCGGUGCCUUACCGCGCGUUUGCGAUUAGGGUUCUACUGGCUGAGUGAGUUUACGUCCACUGUUAAUUUCCCUCCAGAUUUCGGUAUCUGUGGUUCGCGCCUCUUCCAUUGUUAUAUCAUCAGAGAUCUUCAGCACUUUCUUUCACCUUUCAUGGUCGCUUUCAGCUGCAUUUCUUAUUGUGGAGGCCCGCAUUGGUAUUAUGGUAGAGAUAGAGCAAUUGGAGAAUAUUGAAUUUCAAUGGGGCAAAAGGAAAGGGAUUGGUGGGAAGAAGAAGGACGUGACCUUUUAUGAAUCGUUUACUUACGACGGUGUAGAAUAUUUUCUUUAUGAUUCUGUCUACCUAUAUAAGGAAGGUGAACCAGAGCCUUAUAUUGGCAAAAUUCUUAAAAUCUGGCAGAAUCCUGAUAAGACAAAGAAAGUAAAAAUUCUUUGGUUUUUUCGGUCUUGUGAGAUUCGUAAUUAUCUUGGAGCAGAAGACACACGGGAAGAUGAAUUAUUUUUGGCAUCUGGUGAUGGUGUUGGCCUUGCCAAUAUUAAUCCUCUGGAAGCAAUUGCUGGAAAGUGCAACGUUAUCUGCAUUUCAGAUGACAGCAGAAAUCCACGACCUUCAGAUGAAGAACUCGAAAAGGCUGAUUUUGUAUUUUUUCGUACAUUUGAUGUUGGAAAACAAGAGGUCUGCAAUGAGAUGUGUGCAAAAAUUGCUGGAGUAGAAGUUAAAUUUUUACUUAAUAGAUUAGAUACGUCAAAAGAUGUUACGAGGACCGAUACGGAUGGGAAAGAUGCAAGUGUCAUUGCAAUUGUAAAUACUGAAUCAGAAGAUCCUUCUGGACGUAAUACUUCCAGUGGGGAACUAACUUUGGAGACUACCGAAAACUCUUUCAAGACGCCCACAAAGGCAAAUGUUGAGUUGGAGGAGCCUAUUGAGAAAUCCUCCAAUGGAGAGAGGUCUGGUGUAUGUGUGAUUGAUGGGGGAAAUGGAAUGGCUAGAACUAGUAGUAAACAAGAAAACAUCUUAGAUGAUAAGGUAUCUUCGAAGCCUGAAAUUGAUUCUAAUGAGAUACACGGUAAAGGUGUUGAAGCUCGAGCUAAGGAUGCUGACGGUAGAGUUAAAAGCCCCAGGGCCUCUGCUGAAGAUGAACAUAGGUCAGCAAAGAAGGCAAAACUAGAUAGUUCUGUUCAAUUAUCUCAUGGAAAGACCAAGAGUGACAUUGAAGGGCUUGCCCUCAAUUGCAAAAAUGGCGAUACACUGGCUUCCCCACCUAAGGUUCUUGUUUCUGAGACCAAAGAUUAUCAUGAAACCAAAGAUAGCCUUAUAAAGAAGCCCAAGCUAGAUGAGAAGCCAACAAAGGUUUCUAAUGGCAAGAACCUAAAGGCCUCUUCCCAAAUAUCUUCAGUUACAGACUGCAAAAUAGAUGGUGAAAUUGUGGAAGUUACUAGAAGGCCAGAUGCUGAUAGAAGCAGAUGGUUCAAGGGACUGCCGUGGGAAGAAAGAAUAAAAGAUGCAUAUGAGCAAGGAACACUUGUUCUAAUUCAGAAUUUGGAUCCUGCUUACACUUCAGGUGAAGUGGAGGAUAUUGUCUGGCAUGCCUUCAACGAGAGUUGCACAGCUAAGAUGAUUCAGCGUACUGCAAUUUCUAUGCCUCACAUAGGUCAAGCUCAUGUUGUAUUCAAAACUAAGGAAGCAGCAGAGAAAGUGGUUAGAAAAUUAGAUGAAGGUUGCUUAUUACUUGCAAAUGGGAGAGCUCUUGUUGGUAGCUUUGCAAUUCCUCAACUUCCGUCAAAGAAACAAAUUUUUUUUGGGCAUCACAGUAUUGAUAAGCUUAGACAUCUAAUGCAACGUGAGAUGAAAGAAGCUGUAUCAACUUCGCAUUGUUCUCAGCCGAACACAGUAGAAUACGACAUGGCCAUGGAAUGGUGUUUACUACAAGAAAGAUCAGAACGCGCCUGCAGAAAGUUGUUUAAGCAACAAGAAGAGGAGUUAAGAGAACUCAAGGGCAAGCUGAAAUCUAGAUGAGCUCCAUUGGCCUCACAGUGGCGUUCAACCAGUUGAGAAUCCUGUUGAUCUAGCACAUUUUGAAUCAUGGGAGUACUUUUGUCUUGCUAGCACCAGAGAGGACAGACUUAAUUAUCUUGCUCCUGGAAGUUAUCAAAGUGGAUUUAUCGGCAAUUGUCCAUUGGUGAAGUCCUAGCUUUCCAAGGAUCAGCCUAAACAUCAUAAGGAACUUAAUGUCAGCAAGCUGAAAUUUUCUGGUGAGUGGCUUCCGGUUUUGCUGGUAGUCGUUGUCUUUUAGCAUAGGUGAAGUCCUAGCUUUCCAAGAAUCAGCCGAAACAUCAUAAGGAACUUAAUGUCAGCAAGCUGAAAUUUUCUGGUGAGUGGCUUCCGAUUUUGCUUGUAGUCGUUGUCUUUUAGCUUAUGUAGUGGUCGGCCUUCCCUUCCUACACGCACAUGCCCAAAUAUUGAGGCUUUGGAAUGAAGGCAGCAGCUGCAUGUGGAUACAUGGAAUUCACAUAUUUGUUCUAAACAUUGAGGCCCAGGAAGUAUGUGAGAUGGUCACUAUCUAUCUAUCCAUGGCCUUCUUCCUUCUCUGCCUCUGCUAAAAUUAGUUCUUAGUUUAGGUUAUGAUCUUGAUGUUUUGAUGAUAACUAAUGCCUAUAAUUAGUUUUGGUGCUCAAUUUGUUGUAGCUGUAUAGAACAUGAGGGAUCAAUUAAAGCAAUUUUAAAUCAUCCUAUGUAGGGUUGUUGUCUUGACCCAUACAAA